AUGAAUGAUCUUUUUCAUCAAAAGCUUCAAGCUUAUAUUGUAGCUUCUAAUAAUAAGAUAAGUAAAAAUAUGGAAAAAAACUCUAUUAAGAUUAAAGAAAAGGAUGAAGAGAUAGAUGUCCUAAAGCAAAAAAUUGCAGAACUGGAAAAGAAGCUUGCAAAAGCUACUGAAAAAGCUAAUAUUUCAAUAGGAGAGGAAAAAGAAAAAAAUGUAAAGAAGAUAGAGCGGUACAGUGAGAGAUAG